AUGAACGUCGCAGUGCGCGGCCCAGGCCUGGUGGUCACGGCGCAGGCCGGGCACUCGUCUCGCGAUGCCCUCCCUGGAGCCGCUCAGCCGGCCCCGCGCGCGUCCAACGCGCCGCGGAACGGUUCCUUGAGAUCCAAGGGCCGCAUCUCGCGCACCGACGGCGCGGGAAAGUCCAACGUCGUCGCGUACACGAGCACCGCCCUCGCCUCCCCCGCCACCGAAGUCGACCUCCCGGCACACCUCCGGACCAUGAAUAUCGUCUUCGUCUCCUCCGAGGUCGCUCCCUGGUCCAAGACCGGAGGCCUCGCCGACGUCAUGGGCUCCCUCCCCGAGGCCCUCGCGGCGCGCGGCCACAGGGUGAUGGUCGUCACGCCGCGGUACAACGGCGUGCCGGAGGAAGCGGAGCCGUCCGGGACGGUGGCGGACGCGCAGGGUGCUGAUGUGCACUACAGUGUGUUGCAAAAGGACGGAGUGGACUACGUGUUCGUGGACCACCCGUCGUUUUCGCGGCCGGGCGGGCUCUACGGCGACGUCUUCGGGCCGUUCGGCGACAACCAGUGGCGCUACAAGACGCUCUGCCUCGCCGCGCUCGAGGCCCCGCUCCUGCUCGACGUCCCCGGACGCGGCCGCUAUGGCGAGGACUGCGUGUUCGUAGCCAACGACUGGCACGCCGCCAUGGUGCCGGUCUACCUCGCCGCCAAGUACCGCGCGCACGGCGUGUACCAGUCCGCGCGGUCCAUCCUCGCCAUCCACAACCUCCGCCACCAGGGGGUGUUUCCGCCGGGGACGUUCAAGGACCUCGGUCUGCCGGACCAGUGGUACGGCUGCCUGGAGUGGCAGUACCCGCCGCACCAGCGCAUGGGCGCGUACGAGGAGGAGGGCCGCGCGGUCAACACCAUGAAGGCGGCCAUCAUCACGUGCGACCGCGUGGUCACGGUGUCCCCGACGUACGCGGGCGAGAUCCAGUCGCCCGAGGGCGGCUGGGGCAUGGAGUGGCUCCUCGGCUCGCGCGCCCCCGUCGUCAACGGCGUCCUCAACGGCAUCGACGGCGAGGACUGGGCGCCGGAGACGGACCGCUUCCUGCCCACGAACUACGGCCUCGAGGACUUCAAGGAGGGCAAGAAGGCGAACAAGCUCGCGCUGCAGAAGGAGCUCGGGCUCCCCGAGAACCCCGACGUCCCGAUGGUGGCCUUCAUCGGGCGCCUCGACCAGCAGAAGGGAACGGACAUCCUGUUGGAGAGUCUCCCGUGGCUCAUGGCGCAGGGCGCGCAGCUGGUGUGCCUCGGGACGGGCACGUCGGACCUCGAGAACGGCCUGCGCUGGGCCGAGGGCGCGUACCCGCAGCAGGCCCGCGGCUGGGUCGGGUUCAACGUCGAGAUGUCGCACAAGAUCACCGCCGCCGCCGACAUCUUCAUUAUGCCGAGCAGGUUCGAGCCGUGCGGGCUGAACCAGAUGUACGCGAUGCGGUACGGCACGGUGCCCGUCGUGCACGCGACGGGGGGCCUGAAGGACUCGGUGGAGCAGUACGACCCCUGGACGGAGUCGGGCACGGGAUGGCACUUCUACCCGUGCACGGCCGCGAGCCUGAUCCACUCGCUCGGGCUCGCGCUCGCGACGUACCGCGACCACCCCAAGGCCUUCGAGGGCCUCCAGCGCCGCGGCAUGGAGCGCGACCUCUCGUGGAACAAGGCGGCGGAGAGCUACGAGGAGAUCUUCCGCUGGGCCAAGAUCGACCCGCCGUACGCGUCGUGA